CGGACCAAACUACUUUCUGCCAGCGGGGAGAACCUGGUCCCACGGCUUUCCGCCGUCGAGGCCGUAGCCCCCACGCUCCUGUUCCGUACCGUCCCGCGUGGGUGAAUCUUCCUGGUGGUGUCGCUCGAGCCUCGCGCGAGGUGUCUCCAUUGACCUUAAGACGGCGAAACAAAAUGCCCUUCAAUGAUGAAAAGCGCUCAGUGAACGAUGACCCAACGAGCGACUCGGACUCUUCGAGGAUGUCAGAGAGCACGGCUUCCCUCAGUGACUACGAGUGCUCCCGGCGGAGUUUCACCAGCGACUCCUCCAGCAAGUCCAGCUCUCCAGCCUCUACAAGUCCUCCCAGAGUGGUGACGUUUGAUGAAGUGAUGGCUGCUGCGAGGAAUAUCUCCAACAUGACACUUGCUCACGAGAUCGCCGUCAAUGAGAACUUUCACGUCAAACAGGGAGCCCUGCCCGAGAACAGCCUGGCAGGGCGAGUGAAACACAUCGUUCACCAGGCUUUCUGGGACCACCUGGAGGCCGAACUCAACGAGGAUCCUCCCGAGUAUGAACACGCCAUCAAACUUUUUGAAGAAAUAAGAGAGACCCUUCUCUCUUUUCUGACUCCUGGUGGAAACCGACUCCGUACCCAGAUCAGUGAAGUUCUGGAUACCGACCUUAUCAGGCAGCAAGCAGAGCACAACGCUGUGGACAUUCAGGGACUGGCCACCUAUGUCAUCCAUACCAUGGGCAAGCUGUGUGCUCCCGUCCGGGACGAUGACAUCAAGGAACUCAAAGCCACCGGCAAUAUUGUGGAGCUGCUGAGACAAAUAUUCCACGUGCUGGAUCUCAUGAAAAUGGACAUGGUCAACUUCACCAUCAGGAGCCUUCGACCCCAUCUUCAGCGCCAGUUGGUGGACUACGAAAGGACAAAAUUCCAGGAAAUCUUAGAAGAAACCCCCAGUGCCCUGGAUGUCACCAAGGAGUGGAUAAAGGAAUCUGUCAAUGAAGAAUUAUUCUCUCUUUCGGAAAACGCCUCCUCCCCAGGAGCUGAGAGCAGCUCCCGGCCCAGCCUGAGCCCAACCACGGUGCUGAACAACAGUUACCUGAAGCUGCUGCAGUGGGACUAUCAAAAGAAGGAACUACCCGAGACACUAAUGACAGAUGGAACCCGUCUUCAGGAACUGACAGAAAGACUCAAUCAAAUGAAGGUUAUCGCUUGCCUGUCACUAAUCACUAACAACAUGGUGGGCACUCUGAUAGAAGGCUUGCCUGAGCUUGCAGACCGACUGAAAAGGCUUUCUACUGUCCUGCUUGAAGGAAUGAACAAAGAGACUUUUAAUCUCCAGGAGGCCUUGAAUUCCAUAGGCCUCCAGACCUGUGUAGAAGUCAACAAGUCCCUGGCAGAGAGAGGCUUGUCCACACUAAGUCCUGAGAUUCAAGCCAACCUUGUGGGUCAACUCUCCAGCAUCGCCGAGGGCAACCCCAUCUGCUCCCUGAUCGAUAAACGACUUCAUCUGUAUAUGAAGAGUCUCCUCAGCCUCCCAAGCCAUCAGAAAUGCAUGCCCCCUGUGCCCGGGGGCCUCACCGUCAUCCAGCCCGAGCUGGAGAUUCUGGGCUCUCAGUACGCAAACAUUGUCAACCUAAAUAAACAGGUGUAUGGACCCUUUUAUGCAAAUAUUCUCCGAAAACUCCUCUUUAUGGAGCAAGGAGGCAGAACAGCAGAGACCGACCCUCCCAGCAACUAGUAGAGAGCUGGCAUUGGAAAGCAAGCAGACUGGCCACAGGCGAACACCUGCACCCGGUCCUUUCCCUGAAUAUGUAUCACAAGGACCGUGGCAUAUUCCCUGUACCCCUGUCUUGUCUUUCAGGGUUACCUGGGAUCUGUGUAACUCCUUUCCUGCCAGUUACAGGGCAUAUGCCUGUCGAACACCUUGCCCACCCAUCCUGUCCCUCUUUGAAAAAUGAUCGGAAGGAAACCGUGGUGUUUUUUGUGGCUUUUUAAAAGAGAGACUUCUGAAGGACAGGAAGCAAUUUAUAAUGGAUUAUAUCACCUAUAGGUGAUGUUUUUGUUAAAGUUUCCUCAAUCCCAUGAUGCUAAUAGCAUUAAUGUUGGUCUUAACUACCCAAAUUCCUAGGCUAGGCGUUCUCGCUCCUAAUUUGUCCCUUACCAAAUCUAAUUUUUAUUUUGGCACAACUUGUGACAGGGUUACAGGUUGGGGAGCCACUGGGGUGGUCACUAAAGGGAUGUAGAAAUCCCUCUCGUUAAACGUACUGGCAAAAUGAAGUCAGUCAACACAAUUGUAGCUGAAACGUACAAUUCUAUUUUAUUAUUGCAAAGUAAGAAAAGCUUCCCUAGGAUUUUCCCCCUCCCCGGGAUCUGAGCGCUUACCUGGAAGGGUUUACACGACAAGUACCAAAUCACUUGUUACAUUGCCUGACGUCAGUAUUUCUAUCUGAUUUGAAAUCUUUGAAAGCCAUGUUGUUUUGAUGAAGUCAUCAAAAAACCACUGGGUGGUAGCUCGUUAGAAAUCAAUCACUUCUAAGAAAUUUUCUGCUGGAGGCUGCAUCUUGUCUACGUGCAAACCAGCACAAAAAUCUGCAAGGAGACAACCUUCUUUGGGGUCUGAGCUUUGGCCGAAAGGCUCCUUGCAGAUCUCAGCUAAUCAAAUGGGAAGAAUGGAAGGGGUGUUGCCUUUUAAAGGUGGCGCUGGACUAUAGGAAAUAGGGUUUGCUUGAGAGAGAAAAAGAAAGAGGAAAAAGAACUGUAUAAUCCUAGGUGAUGAUCUGGGAUAUUGCCAAGCAACAAACCUUGGGGUGUUUUUUGUUUGUUUUUAAGUGGAUUUUACAUCUGAAAAGAGGGGAAAAAUGAACUUGAUUUUCUGUAUCACUUAACCUUGAUGUCUACUAAUCUACUUUGUGCCUCUUUUAUUUGUAUCUAAGCAUUCAGAAUCCUUUGAGAAGCUGGGCACUCAUGGACCUUUGGUUUUUGAAAACAACUGCCUGUUACAGAAUUCUGCAUUGGUCUUCACUGAGAAUCAGGGAAAUCAUUAGGAUAGGUCUUCUGGGGAUUGUUCCUCUUGUAUGAAGUCAUUUCUCGAUGAGUGAUUUUCUUGGGCUCCAUUGGGCACAGUUAACUUGAUUGAAUACGUACUCUUUUGUAGCAUAGGGGUUGUUUGUGUGUGAGAAGGGAGGUCUUCUUUAGUUAUUACGUUCUUUCCCCCUUUCUCAAAUUUCCUUCUGUCUAUCCUUGCCUCCACCACCACUGCUCUCUCUCUCCUCCCAAAAGCACCCUCAUCUAUGUGGGGAUACGACUGCUUUAUGUUUUUCGAAGUUAAAGAAAAUGGCAAGGUAAAUGAGAUAUCUCUGAUUUUUAUAUGCCCAAAUCGGAGUAUAUUCACUUGACUUAUUUUCUCCCUCAAUGACCAAUUUAAAAAUAGGUGUCGUCUACAUGUGGACAGUUGUCCGAACGGAACUCUAUUGGUGGGCACUGCAAGGUACUGUGCCACUCCUCUCUUCUUGGCACAGCUUCCAUUCAGUAAGGUGUUGAAUAUAACCUGGUGUUUCUUGCAUUCUCUGUCCUAUUCUUCGCCCCCACAUUAUGGGUUCAGAGGGGACAGAAUCCAGUAAAUCAUAUUUUCUCUUUUUCAGUAAAUGACCAUCCUGUUUAAAACAGGGAGAGAAGCAGAGCAUGUUUUUUACCAUAGGGUUUGAAUCCAGUUGUGAUUCUUUUAUGCACUUAAUUUAUAUCACAAGGAAAAAAAAGCAAUUUUCACUUUUUAAAAAAUUACAUUUAAAAUAAAGGGCAUUUUAUUUUUUAAAGGUAGCAAAAUGAAUCUGUCUCUGUAUUUAGGCAACUGCAUUUACUAAGGUGUCUCAAUCCCCAUCUUCCUGGAUGCCAUUCAUUUUGAGAUUGCUUAAACGUUGGCUUCCAUUUAAGAGUUUAACAAGGUCACGUUUUGCUAUGCAAGGUUUAUUAAAUGUAAAACUAAGAUUUUGAUGUAUUGCUUAAAUUCCCGUUUGUGAAAAUGUUGGCAAGAACUUGUUCCAUGCAAGCUGGCAAUGUGUGUUGUUGUUGGGUUUUUUUUCAGUUAAAUAUUAAAGCACUGACUUUAAAAA